AUGGAUUACAACAUCAAUAAAAUCGCAACUAAUGAGGAAAUUUUGGAAGCGUUGGACCCUGUUCCAAACUUCACUUCGAGAGAUGACAUUAAACCUUGGAUCCAUGAAAAUUUGGACCCAAGAGGUAUAAGUUUAGUUAUUGAAAGAUCAGAUGCUUCCAAAGUUGUGUUCAAAUGUAAAAAUCUUCACAGAAAAUCAUCAGCUCCAAGAACUACAACAACAAAAAUUGUCAAUGGGAAACCCGUUUUGAAAAGAGUUAGAAGAUCAAUACCUGAAGAUUCAUGCCCAUUCAGACUAAGAGUUAGUUAUUCAGUCAAAUACAAAAAUUGGUCAGUCAAUAUAAUAAAACAUGAGCACAAUCUUUCAUUAUGUUCGAAUUUUGGUCUUGAAUCCCCACUUGAUCAUGAUUCAGUUGCAGCUGCUAAUGCUUAUGGUAAUCAAAGAACUAGACCUGGUUUGUCACAAAAGAGAUCAUAUUACAGUUCGACAACACCUUCUCCAAAUUAUUCAUCUUAUGCAAACUCACCAGUAUUAUCCUCCUCAACUACAAACACACCACAUGAAUUUCUUGAUUAUGAACCAUCUUUCAAGAAACCAAAACAUCAUGAUCAUUCUCCAUUGUUUAACGAAAUAGAUCCAUUGGAUUCAACACCAUUGGAACUAUCAUCAUUACCAAGAUCUUUACAAAAUUCAAAUCUUCCAAUUGAUGCAAUCAAUUUACAUGAUGAUUUGAAUUUUAUUUAUGCUGGUGGUUCAGCUUCAGAUGCUUUGGCUGGCCAAAAUACCGAUGAUCUUUCAACUGAUCCAUUAUCUGAUAAUUUCCCAUUCUCCAAUGAUGCUAUGAUUAAAACCUCAUUAGCCAAUUCAUUAUCAUCAGGUACAAACUCCACAACAUCAAAUUCGAUAUUUGAAAAUGCUCCAAUUCAUGAUGAUGGUUCAAAUACCCAUAGCUUGCAAUUAUUUAACAAUGAUUUUGAAAAACUUUACAAUUCAUCACUCCACUUACAAGGAACUUCAACUCAUUCAAACAAUAACUCUUUGAAUAUCAAACAAGAGGAGAUCCAGGAUAAUGAUCCACUGAUGUAUUUGUUAAGUUCGACAAACUCUAAUUAUAGUUUUGAAGAAUUGGAGAAUUUGGAUAAAGCUAUGGGUAUUGAUGCUAAUGAUAAGAUUUUGAUGUCUAUGUUUCAAGGUAUUUGA